AUGCAACAAAAACUAGCCGGUUUGAUGAAAAGGAAAUCAAAUGACCUUAUCAUGAAUUCUGGUGAGAAUGCUUAUCAAGUUCAGCUAGCAAGGGAGAAAAUAGAUCGCGUAAUGCCACUGGUUACUGAUGGCAAAGGGAGAAGAUAUAUGAGUGAAUUUUGGAGUCAACCAGAAUAUAUCAAAAGUGAUACCUCAGGUGAUCUGUGUACAACACUGACAAUGAAGGAAAGAGGGAUAUACAAACCAAUUGAAUUUAUCAAAUGUCCUAAAAUUAUCAGGAAAGAAAAAGGCCUGAACAGUGAUGAAUCAAAUGUACUAAAAGAUAUACAAGAAGAGAAUUCGUUCACUAUCAGAAGUCGGAAUACUUACCUUGCACAGAGAAAUCAAGAACUAUCUGAUUUAAUGAAUGAGGCAAUACCUUAUGAACCAUUGAUGGAUGAUUUAGCAAUUGUUGGCGAGAAAGUGUUGAAAAGUGAAAAGAAGGGUGAAUCUAUUGAUGUUCAAAUCACUGGUACUGACUUGAAAGAAAAUGUUUUGCAUGAAGUUGAGGAAACACUGGAGUCUGGAAAAUCAAAAGCUCAACAAGUAGAUUCUGAAAGAAAUGAACCAUUUAUCAAUGAACCAUCGUUAUAUAUAAAUGGUCAUCAUUUAAAAUGGGAUCCAGAUCCUGCAGGUCAACCCCAAGUGGGCAUGGACAUUCAUUUAACUUUCGAAAAUGAGAAUCCAAUGUUACAAACAGACUACAUAGAAUUAUUCAAUAAUGGAAAUGUUGUUGUAACAUAUGAAUGGACUCGUGUUCACCAGCAGAAUCAUUUUGAAUUGGCGAAUAAAGAUAAUAGAGUAUUUUAUUUCGAUUCAAAACCAGGUCUAGUGCAGCCAGGGGAGAUAGUCCACUUACCUGUUACACUUAAAUCUCCACACGAAGGAAUCCAUAAAGAGAUUUGGCGUUUUAACACAACACCAGUUCUCAAAGGAAUGUCCCCGGUUCGUGUACAUUUUCAUGCUAUUUGUGUUUGGCCAGAAUACCAUCAAUUUUGUUCUAUUCUGGCAAAAGAUAUAUUUAUUCAAUUGGAACAUGAAGCUAACUAUCGAAUGGUAUACCGUAUCUUGGAGAACUUAAUAAUGAAUAUACAACCUGAUGAACGCCCACCAAGUCCCAUCCCUGAACCAGAUACAGGCGAAGAGAUAUUUGCUUUAUCUAAUCCAACUUUAAACUAUAGACACAGUAUAAUUCAAAAAUUAAAACAACUAUACAAAGAACUUAAAGAAAGAGAAUGCAAAAUCCUCGGAAUCGACGUUGAAACCCUUUCACCAGGUACUGACAAUUGGAAAUAUUCUGUUUCGGAACUCAGAAAAAUGAUUUACAAAUAUCCACCUGAUAUGAGUAAAACCAAUUCUGCAGUUAAAAGAGAAGAAGAAUUCAACAGAUUUUUCCAAUCUGUUGACCAGUUGGCAUUCCCUGUAAAAAGAAGCUUCAUAAAUUCAUCUGUGGAACGCUACCGAAUUGGUUGUAUACUUUUGUCGCAAACAUUCACCCAUCUCUUUGAAUUGUGUGCCAAUCUUCGUGGAAACCAUGGACUCCCAGAACUUACUAGCGGUCCAGUAAAAUCUCAAAGAGGAACUAAAAAUGUAAAUCAAACAUAUGACAGAGCACCAAUGUCUGCAGUAAACCGAAAUCUCACACAAGCCAAACCAUCGGAUGAAGUUUCAAUGGAGAACGAUGAUAGAUUUCUACAAUCUGAUCAAUUAUUAUUACCAGAAGAGAGUCGAGAUACAAAUGAACUCAUGGAAUUUAUUAAAACUAUCCCAUCUAAUCCAGAUUCAUGGAAAUCCAAGGCAUGUUCAAUUGUAUACAUUACUUUGUGCCAACUUUUGGAUGACUUGUCUACUUGUUGGAAUGAAAUUUGA